GUCGACUGACACUGUCAACAAAAUCGUUCUGGCGAGCAUGCGGUAGGUGUCGUGUUCGAGCGAAUAGAAAUAUACAAUUUAUCGCAAAUAAAUAUUCAAAAAGUUGCAAUUUUUUUUGUUAUUCAAUUUAUUUGUCAGCAAAAAUUAGAGAAAAUAAUUUCAAACAGCCGUUUGGAACAAACAGCCAAAUUGGAAAUUAUUUUGUGUCUUUCAAUUCGUAAAAAUUGUUUUGUUGUUGAUACACAAUUGAACGUAUCCAUUUUGUCACAGUGUCGACAGUGUACAUGGUUGCCAACCUAAACACCGUACACACAAUAUCCAAAGACAAUGCGAAAAAGUCGCCAUUCAUUUGCCGCACAAAGUUACUAGAUCACAACCAACAAAAUUUCCGUCGCUAUUUAUCGCAUUCACAAUCGUUUGUUCGGACAAAGUUUUGCUGCAAAAACGACGAAAAUAUCAUUUUCGCAUUGAUGCCGUAGAUAAAACCGUGUCGAACAUUUGGAAAAUUGUCUGUAAAUUGGAUUUAGUGGUGGCGCAUCAAGCCACACACACAAGUAGACAAGAAAAAGAAAUCCCACUUUGUGCAAGUGUAUUUUGCGCUGAUAUUUUUAAUUUCAUGAAAAAUUUACCAUUUCCAAAUGAAUCGAAACGUGUAAAUUUCCAUUUUGCGUCCCAUUUUGUUAAUACGACCACGAAACAUACCGAUUUAUUGCUACAAUAAUGGAUGUGCUGUCCCGGAUUCGAGAAGUUUUAAGCGGAAAAAAGACACAGAAACGAAAGCUAUCGCUUGCUGAAGAAUUUGAUGAUAUUAAAAAAAUUCGGAUGUCUGAAUUAAAUGGUGAUUAUCAUCAAGGUGAUCCUCAUAAUGUGAACAGUGGAUUGCACCUUGAUUCAGUGGAUAUAUUACGAAAUCGUACGAGGCGAUCUGAAUCAUUUUUGCCAAAUAACACAAAUUCGAGCUAUUUGACGCCAACGCCAACGUUUGCCAGAAACAGAACCAAUGAUCAAAAUGAUUCGCACACAAAUUACAAUUACCAGAAUGAUGGACAAUGGAGUGAUUUCAAGCAGCCGAUGCCACCGCCGUUGACAAAUGGAGCAAAACGAAUUCCGGGCUUAAUUUCGGCCACUCCACAUCGUUUCGUUAAUAGGCCACAACAAACAGUGAAUCCGCAUUUCAGCCGAUACGGCGAACCAAAUGAGCUGUCUAACUUUAGAAAUAUCCCCGAACUCUAUCCCAUCCAAAAUGUGAACCGAUCAAAUGCGUCGCACUCAACGAGCGGCAAUCUGGUUAAUGGCCACGAACAUUCGUCAAUGUUUUCAACGACAAAGUAUGGUAGUCUGCAUCAGCGACAGCCUACAUUUAGUAAUUCACAAUUUCUGGCGACACCUCGCAUUCUCGGCAACUCCAGAUCAUAUUUCAACAACAGCAGCACCAAGUCAGUUAGUCUCAAAGGCAAUUCAAUUUUCUCAAACAGCGGACAUGUGAAGCCACCAUCAAAUUUAAGUCGUUCAAGCUAUCAAAUCAUGUUGGACAAACUGAUUCCUGGCUUUGGCUUGUUGAAAAAAUCUAAAAAGAAUGCUGUUAAUGAUUCAAGUAUAGGCUUAGAUGCGCAAGGAAUUAUCGAUCUGUCUGGAGAGCCUGAGGUGCGAGGGAACAAAACGUCUAGCUCAGCUUCAGCACUCCCAAAUGUGGAACGAGUAAAUUCGUUGAAAACUCGACUGGAAACAAAGGAUGUCUUCAAAGAUGAUUGGGAGAAAAGUUUAAACGAAAAAUACUCAUCGAAACAUUUGAGUCGUCGAGAUUCAUUGAAGCAAGUAGAAGAAGAAAAUGAAGCGUGUGAACGAAAGACUCGUGACACGGAAGACAAGUUGAAAGAGUCCUUCAACAAGAUCACAAUCUCGUCGAUUGUAUACGAAGUGGAGGAAGAAGAAGAGCCGGCCAACGACUUUCCCCGAUUAGAUCCGGAUAAGCACAUCAAACGUAUAUACUAUUGGGUUAGCCGAAAUGUGUCACCGUCAGCCGUACUAAUUUCAAAGUUCAAUCUCUCCAUCACCGGCCACGAUAUUUCAACACUGCAAUGGGAGCCAUUGACCUGGCUGAAUGACGAAGUGAUCAACUUCUACAUGGAGUUGUUGGGCGAACGUAGCCGACAAAAUGAGAAGCUGCCCAAGGUUCAUGGAAUGAAUACGUUCUUCCUGAAGCGUUUGCUUGAAAAUGGUUAUGGUGGUGUUCGGCGAUGGACGCGGAAAGUGGACAUUUUUGCACAUGACAUAAUCCCGGUGCCCGUACACAAAGGUAUUCACUGGUGCAUGGCAAUCAUACACAUCAAGAAUAAGACCAUUAAAUACUACGAUUCGAUGGGUGCACCGAACAAUCCGGCCCUGAAUGCACUGGCGGACUACUUGAAGGCUGAAAGUCUCGACAAGAAAAAGGUCGCAUUCGAUAUGACCGGUUGGAAAUUGGAAAACGUGCGAAAUAUUCCGCAGCAAGAGAAUGGCAGUGAUUGCGGUGUGUUUAGCUGCAUGUAUGCCGAAUUCGUUACCCGAAAUCGACCGAUCGUUUUCACGCAACAGCACAUGCAAUACUUCCGCAUGAAAAUGGUGCUCGAAAUUUGCACCGGACAAAUGCUAAAUUAACUUGUUGCAGCGGAUAUUAUGACACACCAUUUCAUACAUAGAAAAAAAAAUCAAACAAAAACAACAAAUCAUUUCGCUCUCAUCGAGAACUCUAUUCCUAAAUGUACUUGUUAAUCGACAACAAAAACAAACAAAAAAUACGAAUAAAAAAAACAACAACAACAUUUUGUCUACGGUUUAAGUGUUAUAUCUACUUGCUGUUUUUUUUGGUAUCAAAUAUUCAACAAAUGGAAAAAACAGUGUAACAUAUUGAUGAUUUAAAAAAAAAAACAAGAUAAAACAACAAACAAAAAUUCUAUCGUCACCAAUUAUUUUAAUAAAAAAAAAUGCAAAUUUAUGUUAACUUUCGAAUUAAAAUAUGUGAAUAAAUGAAAACUUUUUUUUAGAAAAGAUUAAGGAA